AUGGGCAAAUCCAUCGAGGUCAACGUGGCCUCGUUCAACCAAGAACCGGCGGCGAAAGCAGCAGCACGCAUUGUCGUGAGCAAGGACAACCUGCUCCAGCUCACAGGCACGCUGGACAACGACCGCCUCUGCACCAUCGAGACCCUCAGCAUCACCGAUGGCCAACCCGUGUUGCGCGAGGCCAGUCUCUGGGCGUCGCCUGAGCCGUUGAAAAAGGGCCUCGCCCGCGUUUCCAAAGCGUUUCGUGAAGCCUGUGGAAUCAGCGCGAAUGAAAAGUGCCGCAUCACCGUCGACGGGCGCACCCUGUCCGCGGCCGCUGAGGUGGACGUGGAGGACAUCACGAACCGGGACGGCCUGGCGCCCGUGACCUCGUCGACACAAGCGAUCGAGCUGUCCGGCUGGGCUACCAUGCUUGAGGACCAGCUGGACCUUGCCGAGCUCGUGUACCCUGGCAUGGUUGUUCGCGACGUGUACCACCGGCGGACGAAGCGAACGUUCCGCAUCAGGGCUGUGGACGGCCGGACGGACGGCGUGGCCCGGUUUACGAUGGAUCAGACGAGCGUGCAGUUCACCGAUGUAGCUGGCUCCUCUCGCGCAGGAAUGCCCUCUCCAGCACUACCGCAGACGCCCAAGACUCCCAAGGCUUCACUUACUACCACGUUGCCAUUGCGCUCGGCUGCAGCAGCGACAGCCUCGCCGACCGCAUCGCCGUCAAGACGACUACAGUCCCGCACAGUGCCAUCCUCACCAGCACUUAAACCAGCAUCCAAGCUGCCGCAGACACCACCGGCAGAAGCAAACCAGUCGUCACCACCGACAGCCAUCAAGCUCGACCAGAUUGAGGGUCUGGAUAAGGCCGUAAAGGAGCUGAACCGGUUCCUGACUUGCUUUGACCCGACCGUGAGCUACCCGCGCACUGGUCUUUCUUGUGCGGCGGUACUACAGGGCGACAAGGGCACGGGAAAGACGAUGCUCCUUAACAGAAUCACCUCGACUGGCUGGGGCACAGUGUUUCCCAUCCGGCCAAACGACAAGUUGUCCUCCAUCCAGGAGACGUUCCAGAAAGCAUACGAGCAGCGGCCAAGUAUUGUCACCAUUGACAACAUUCAGAAGCUGCUUAUUGAGGAGCGGAAUAACCGCACAGCGGUCAUACAGGCGCUGUGCGAUUUUCUUGACUCGAACGUCUACAAUGGCGGACAGAGCACGCCUCCAGGCCUGCCUGGCUCGGAAGUUCCGCAGGUACCGCAGCUUAUCGUCCUCGUCUCCUGUCUGGAUUACCACAAGGACAUCCCCGCCGAUUUGCGGGAGCCUGGCCGCCUGUCCCACGUUAUCGAGCUCCCCUUCCCCGACCCUGCUGGCCGCAGGGCCAUCUUGCGCUCGUUCGACAUGCCGUUGCCACCCGACCAAGGCGAUCGCAUGAUCAAGGAGUUGAGCCACCAGACACACGCCUUUAACGGCCACGACUUGUUGAAGCUCUGGAACGAGGCGCUCCUAUUCCGCCUACACAAGGCCGCCCUGGCGAGGGAGGAAACAGAAAAGAAAGAAGGCCAAAUUGAUGAGGCUUCUGCCAACGGCGAUGGAGGUGCUGCCCUGCCACAAGCACACGGGGAGGAGCCGUUUUACGUGACGGAAGACGACUUCAAGGACGCUCGGAGGCGCGUGCGUCCCAGCCGCAUGGACGGCAUUGACGUCAAGCCGCGGCCGGUGUACUGGCACGACAUCCACGGCCAGGCCGACCUCGUAAUGGCGCUGCGGGAGCGCGUGGAUAUGAUGAAUCACCCGGAAAAGUACCGGCCGCGCAUCAAGCCGUUUGCGCGCGGCUUCUUGCUGUACGGCCCGCCGGGCUGCUCCAAGACCAUGGCGGCACAGGCGCUGGCCACGGAGAGCGAGCUCAACUACUUCUCGGUAAAAGGCGGCGAGUUGCUCAACCAGUAUGUGGGCGAGACGGAGCGCAGCAUCCGCGAGCUGUUUGACAAGGCGCGGCGCGCGUCGCCCGCCGUCAUCUUUCUGGACGAGAUUGACGCCCUCGGCGGCCGGCGGGCCAACUUUGGUGACGGCAGCGCGUCGUCCAGCCGCGGGCCCCAGAUGGUGCCGGCCCUGCUGUCGGAGCUGGACGGCUUUGAGCCGCUCGACAAGGUGCUGGUGGUGGCGGCGACGAACCGGCCCGAGGCGCUAGACCCAGCGCUGCUGCGGACAGGCCGGUUUGACAAGCACUUUUAUGUGCCGCCGCCAGACGAGCCGGCGCGGCGGGCCAUCUUUGCCAGCUGGACCAAGGACAUGCUGGUCAGUGCCGAUUUGGACUUGGACCUGUUGGGCCGGGAAUCGGCGCAGCUGUCGGGCGCCGAGAUUCUGGGCAUCUGCCAGAAAGCGGGCGAGAGCGCCAACCGGGCGUUCCUGAACGGGACGGGUCCUGAGUACAUUACGACGGACGCAUUUUUGACGGAGAUCAAGCGGGCGCCCAAGACGAUCACACCACUGAUGCUGGACCACUUCGCCCGCUGGUCGCCGUCUUUCAAAUAG